AGUAAAUACCCAUAACCCAGACCUGAGACCGCCCACCGCAGUACUGACUACUGAGUACAAUUUGAAACUGGAUGUUUAAUUGAGCUUCUAACAAAUUUAUGAAAAAUUAAAAUACUAAAAAACAAGCAAUUGCAAUGUUUUCUUCGAAGAUCUUCAAAUAUGCUUGUGCUGUUAAUAAUAACCUAGUCAAACUUAAACCAAAUUUACACCUUGGAGCAUGUAUUGGGCAAUAUCAACCUAAACGGUUAAAGACGGACUUAUAUGAACCCGAUUAUUUAAUCAGUAUGGAGCCGGAUGAACCUGUAUAUGACUGCCUGAAUUUGCAAAUAAAGGGAUAUGAUUACACCUUGCUUGAAAUGUGUCAAAAAGAAAUUCAUAGAUAUGCAGAAGUAAUGGGAAUACAAGUAGAUGAGUGUUGGGCAACACCAGCUAAACAGUUCAAAAUUCAACGUUACAAGCCAGCUGGAACAGUUGUGGACUCAGAAUACAAUUUAAAUAUUUAUGAAAGAAAUGUUCAGGUUGUAGAUGUCCCUGCCUGGGCUCUCGGCACUCUUUUACGGGUAUCUCGUGCCCUGUUACCUGAAGGAUGCACAUUAAAUGUUCAUGAACAUACCAUAGAACAUGAAGAUAUCCGUUAUGUGCCUGACAAUGAGCUAUUAACUCUUAAACAACAAUUAGAAGAUAUGGGUGGAAGCCGCCCUGAGAAAAAGAAAAGAAGAUAGAUUAUACAUAUAAAUUAAAUUAAGUGCAGAAAGUAGAAUAAAAUCGUUAAUGU